AUGGCGAGUGGACAAUCGAUGUUUAAGGGCGCAUUUGGAUUGGAUGAUUGGGUCUGGUGGUUGAUUAUUGGUGGUGUCGCACUCCUCCUCCUCUUAUUGCUGGUUUGCUGCUGUGUGUGCAUGCAACGUGCUAAGCGCAAAGGUCACGAAGAGGCUCUUGCUUCAGUACAAGCUCGUCAACGACUCAGACAAGGACGUGAGCGUGCUGAACAGCAGCAACAGCAGCAGCGCUACCAACAAGCCCAACAACCUCUAGACGUUACAUUUGCCAACAAUAAUGGGUUCACAAAUGGGCACCAACCAGGUUACGGUUACUCAAAAAAGGUUACUACUGCACUUUUACCGAAACGAAAAAACCCCGGACCACAAGUAGCUGCUAAUGGGUUCCGAGAACAUUCUUCACAAUUACAUACCCACCAAUUUGCAAAACCGGGUCAACAAGAAGGUCAAGCGACGGGUCAGCAGUAUCAGGAACCACGAAAGUGGUACAAUGCGGAUCACGCCAAAAGUCGCAAUGCACCUGAUGUCCGUACAAGUUCUCACUAUCCGGACAAUAUACGGUGUAAUGAUCUAGACCCAAGAGGUGGAGGUACGGAUGAAGUUCCAUUCAUGUCGGUCAAAUCUCCAUUAACGGCCAAAGCCAAUAGGAAAUCUAAAGUUCGAUGGCAAAACCAAUCACCUUACGAUCGUGAAACAAAAAGCUCGAUUCCAGCGCCAAUAGCAAUGCCAACAAACACACAAACACUAGCCAAUCCAUUGGAUACUCGAUCGAGUACUGGCUUAGAAUCUGGUACUUCAAGAAGUACGUUACAAUCUCGAAUCGAUGCUUUACGGUUAGCGGACACGAACGAUAUGGUGCAUUCACGUAUCAGUGUGGAAUCGACGGAUGUUCCAUAUUUAUCGGCUAAAACUGGAGAUGCAGUAAAUACAUCUGCCAUGUCUAGAGCAUUGAAAGCCCAGGACUCGUACGCUUCGGGGCCGGCACGACGUUCUGAAAUGGUAACGAGCAAUAUCAUGUCUAUGAACUCGUCGACCUUGGCGAAUUCAUUCUUCUCGUCACCGUCGUCUUCUCUCCAUAGUGGCGAUAGUAUUGAUACACUUGAUCGUGAAGGCGAAAACACCAAGUCGACGGUGCUUGGAAACGCCCUCUCACACGGUUCUAGCCGCUCAAUUGGUAGUGACUACUUUAACGACCAGUUUGAAGAUUCGGGUAGUUUUGGGCCAGGUAGCAGUGAUUUUAAGAGGCAAAACAGCAGUGCGUCAUCAGGCAGACCAACCAGGGAGGAUAAUGAGUCCUAUAAUAACCGCGGCUCGGUUGAAUUUUGA